CCCUCUCGGCAAUACAGUGGUUUAUCUGGAUGUGUAAUAGCACUGUGUUUGAGAGCGUGUGACUUAAAACAGUGCCGGCAGUCAGUGCCACUAAAGCUUUGUCCUUGGCACUAAGGAAAGACUCUCCACCUAGAGCUUUACGCUACAACAGCACCACAGAGAUUAGAAUCACAAAUGAUCGCAUUGAAUUGAAUCUCAGCAGUCACUGAAUUAUGAGUUUGCAUCACUCUCUGGCUGGAUUAAUUCGAAUUUAAUCGUAAUUUGUGUUCCUUUCCUUUUGCAUUGUCUUCAGGUCUAAGCUUGUGUUGUGAUCAUGGGGUCUAUAAUUUCAUUUUUGUCUAGGCUGAUGAGGGGUCUCCCUGUACUGUAAAAGCGGAUGCCAGGUGGAUCUAUGUUAAGAGACAAAAAAACAAGCGAAGGGAAAUCAGUGAAAGUUUAAGAUCGAGGAGAAUGCAAGCUAUGUGUUGGUGCGCUGUCCUUCUCCUCCUACCCACUAUAUACCUGGUUGCUUGUGCUAAUGCUGCCCUUGCAGGGAAAUCAGAACUUCUCAAAUCAGGAAACCCCAAAUCUACAUUAAAAAACAUAUGGACAGAAAGCAGUAAAGACUUGUCUAUCAGCCGACUUCUAUCACAGACUUUACAUGGCAAAGAAAAUGCCACUGCUUUGGACCUGCGAUAUGAUACCCCAGAACCAUAUUCUGAGCAGGACCUUUGGGACUGGCUGAGAAACUCCACAGACCUCCAGGAACCACGGCCAAGAGCCAAAAGACGGCCAAUUGUCAAAACAGGGAAGUUUAAGAAAAUGUUUGGUUGGGGGGAUUUUCACUCCAAUAUUAAAACUGUCAAGCUCAACCUGCUGAUAACUGGGAAGAUUGUGGACCAUGGGAAUGGAACUUUUAGUGUCUACUUCCGUCACAACUCCACCGGCCAGGGGAAUGUAUCUGUGAGCCUGGUUCCCCCAACCAAGAUUGUAGAGUUUGAUAUGGCACAACAGAGUGUGAUUGAUGCCAAAGAUUCCAAGUCUUUCAAUUGUCGCAUUGAGUAUGAAAAGGUUGACAAGGCGACCAAAAACACACUCUGCAACUACGACCCCUCUAAAACGUGUUACCAGGAGCAGACACAAAGCCAUGUGUCAUGGCUCUGCUCCAAGCCAUUCAAAGUGAUCUGUAUUUAUAUCUCUUUUUACAGCACUGACUACAAACUAGUGCAAAAAGUGUGUCCAGAUUACAACUACCACAGUGACACUCCCUACUUCCCAUCUGGUUGAGGCUGGUUCAGUUUGAAGUUUGAGGAAAAAAAGGUAAUUUAACAAGGCUCUGGUCUCAGAGAAAUGAUCUAUUUGCACUGUCCUGAAUGCGUUCACUUUUAAAUGACGAUGCAGGUUGGGGAAAGUUUUAUUUUAUUAUUAUUAUUAUUAUUAUGAUUAUGAUUAUUAUUAUUAUUAUUAUUAGAAGUAGUAGUCGUAGUCGUAUUAAUACAAAAAACAGGUCUCUUUUACAAGGGUCCUGCCAAGAUAUCUAAACAAGAGUAGCAGCAAGGUACAUUUUUAAAAACCAUGUUCAAACUGUUACAUUAAAAACAUUGUAUUCAAUAAGUCAAUAACAAUGCACAAUUUUUAAAGGAAGCAGGGUGUUUAUUCCAGAAAACAUAAUAGCUAAAAGGAAAUAUAUCUACAAUGAAUACAUUUUCUGGGUGUAAAUAUCCUGUCAAUUUCCAUUCUCAUUUGUGCCCAUUUUUAGUUGACCCAUCAACAACACAACCACAGCUGAAUCCCUUUACCAUCUACCUCUUGGAAAUCCCACUCAGAGAGUUAAUUCUGCCCUUCUGAGAUAACCAUGUGACCCAUUUCCUAAAGAAAGUUUUAAAAAUAAUUCUUAUUCUACCAUGCUGUUAAAUAAUUCCAAGUAUUUUAGUAAACACUUAUCUCUUCCACUAGGUCAGUGGUAUUCCAGUCCUGGUCUUUAUUCCAGCCAGGUCCUAAAUUAGUUAAUGGACUCUUAGCAGCUUCAAUUAACUACAUUAGAACCUGCUUGGAGUAAAAACCUGGACUGGAUUCAAUCUCAAAGGCCAGAGUUGAGUACCACUGCACUAGGUGCUGUAUGUAUAACCCUUCUUCAUACUAGGCUCAUCAUUUGCUUGAGUCACUUAAUCUAUUUUGGUUAUCUGUGUUGCUGAUCCUCUUGUUACAGAUGCAUUCAGAUAAAAGCAAUGUUUCAUUGCUGCUAACAAAGACCCGCUGUAUUCUUCCUAUUCCUAGAACUGUUGAUAAAACCAGAUAAAGCUGAAUUAGACAGUUUGCAUUCCAAAGAUAAGUAGACGCAUUCAAGGCAAUGCAAGUGCUGUCCUUUCUUGAAAGGGAAAGGCUAUUGGUGAGCAAGCCUUUUUUAACGGACAUGUUUUAUUAAGGCAUUUUGUGUAAACAAGAAAUACUCUCUGGCUAUUAUAUAUUGGCCACCAGAGGUAGAGGAUGACAUUUUCAUUAAAUCCAACUUACUGACAUGUACUCUAUAGAAGGUUUGUUCACCUUUAUUAUAUCAAUGUAAUUAAUUAUAUAACCUAGGCUUAAUUUGUAUGAAUGGUUUGUAUUGUAUAUAGUUUAUCCUGUGUUAAUUGAGCUGUUUCUGUAUAUUCUCUUGUAUCUGUCAUUCUCUCUCUACCUCUCUAACGCUCUCUCUCUCUCUGCUUGUUAUUGGUUAACACAAAGGACAUGAUUGAUUAAUUUUAUCAAUGUAGAUGUGAACUCUAUGAAACAGAAUUAUGUACAAAAUAAUUAAUAUGUCAAAAAUAUAAAUAUAAAACUUACAAGUCAUCUGUAUUAAGGGAUUUUAUUUCUUUGGAAAAACAGAGGAAAUGUACAUAGAAAUAAAAUGUUGGAAGGUU